UACCGACGCGUGCGGAUACAAAUACUUCCGGUGUUUCCCGUAUUCAGUUCUAUAACCGGCCAGUGUGGCACUGUCUUCUACAUGUGAUCUUUGUUGGCAUGCCCACUAGAACAACGGUUAAUUAAUUCAAAUGAACAUGUUUCUCUUGUUGAGCAAACAUAAAUUCUGGAGUGGAAUUAUGUAAACUGUGAGUCCAGUGGGAAAUUAUGCCUCUGGACCAGUGUUGCUGCUACGCAGAAAAGGAUACAAAUGCGGUAACUGACUAGUGGAGUAAUCGUUUUGGUGAGCUUCCGAGAGUAAUAGAAGCUCAAUAUUAUUCGAUGGAUGUGCAGUAAUGGUGCGUUGCGGAUCAUUAACUGAAGUGUUUUCAGUUUGAUUAUUCUCUUCAAUGAGGAAACACAUCUCAAUAAGUGCUUUGGUAAACUAGAAAGAUCGGUUCAACGGGAACGUGAAAGCAAAACAUCGUUAUUUUUAGAGAGCAUCAUUUGUACGCCGAAGGUUGAUGUCAAGGUUCAAAAACAAGCUAUUGUUGGAGUGUGCCACCGAUUCGAAUCAUCAUCGUCGUAGAUGUUUCAGUGAGGAAAAGUUUUAGCUGACAACAGACGAGUGCGCCUACACGGGUCCAAUUGAAGAAAAGAAAUUCUCUCCGGGUCAGUCAACCGACCCGAAGUGGAAAGUUCAUACCCGCUGAGGAUGUGAUUAGUGAAUGGGGCUAGAUGUGGGGACCGGGCCUAGGUCUGAUUGCUGCUGAAGCGACUUGGAGUGAAUCGGAACGUGCUUUGUUCGGUUCAGUUACGUUUUGAUGGAGAAAUAUAUCCAUAACUGAUGGUCGCCUGGGUGGGGGUUGAAAGAGAUGUCCUGUCAGUACCAGAUGGUGGAGAAGCAAUAUGAGUGACGGUUGUUGUUAGCAUUGUUAGAUUCGUGUGACUGAACCAGACGAGAAAAAGCUAAUGGAGUUUGAAACUGCCGAAGCACGUAUCUGAUGCACGGAAUAUUUUCGGCAGAAACACACAAGAUACAGACUUUCGCCCCACAACAACGCCGGGAUCAUUUUUCACGUUGGACCACGCAAAGUGUCACAAACACAAAACAGGCCACUGAGCACUUUGGUCGGAAAUAAUGAUCCCAUCAGCCACGACGGCGAUGCCGGGACAAGCUUCCUAAGCCUGUUAUACACACAGCGAAAUGAAAUAAUCCAUCUCUUUCAUCGUCACCGGCGGCGCGCUGAUUUAGUCUGUGCCUGCACGGAUUUGUACACCGGGAGUGCCCCGCCCUCCCCCCGAUCAGACAAUCUCUAAAUCGUCCUGCGGUGCGGUUCGUCUUUCCAUCACGCGCCAUCAUGGGCCCGGCACUCGCGCCCCAUAAAGCUAUCACCACAUUGCGAAGGCCAAAGCACAUUGUGAUAGCGGCUAGGCGUGCUUAAUUCGAUUUAUGAUGUUGCGAAUUGAGUUUUGCCUCCGACUGCGACGUGACGAGACCGACCACCACCAUCACCACCAGUCCUGAGUCCUGCGGGCGCAAAUUUACUCUGUGGCCAAUUCACAACACACAAAACACAAACAUACCGUGUACUCGGCCGAUGUUGGUGAAACAGUGAAGCAGAACAAAAGUUAUGCUAAUAUAAAUCAAAGAAUUAACAUUCAAGCCGUCAUAACAGCAUCCGGAGCAAGCCCAACUGCUCUGCUCAUCGAACAACAGAGAGAGAGAAAGAGGGAGAGAGUGACAAACACAAACAAUAGCGCACCAUCCCCACACCCGACGUCGUGGGGUGGGGAGCCAGCGAACCCCUUUUAAAAUUCGCCAAUUCGUUAGAGGUUCGAGGGUACUCGCCAAGCUCGCCCAAAGUGAAAAGUUUGGCGCACCCCGGCAUAAGGAACAGCAAGAAGCCAUUUCACGCCAAACAUUGCAUAAUGGAUGGCAGGAACCGGCGGCGACAGCUUGGCGGACCGUGUCAUUGCCUCCGACCCCUGAUCCGGAUAUGGGGAAUAGUAACAGCAAUUGUGGUCAGCGGUGUCGGGGUCGACAUCAUGGUGCACGGCUACACUGCGGGUGUUUACAUCAUAGUUGCCUCUGUCGUUAUAUUCAUCCUGGAGAUCAAAUGGCUCUUCACACUAUUCAUCCAUCUUCUUUGCACAAGCAGCAGCGGCGACAGCAGCAACAGCAGCACCGGAAGCAACGAUGGCGACUAUGCUGCGUCGUCAAGCUGUCACAAGUGCUGGAGCAUCUGCCGGUUUUGCGGUGGCUGGCGGUUGUCCCUUCCCUACGUGGCCUUAGGCAUCGCGCUCAUUAUCUGGCCGCACCGGCUGUGGCUCAGCCACGUGGCCGGUGGUCAACUGAUCGGGCUGGCCCUGCUGCGGCUGCUCACGCUGUGCCAGUUCCGGCCGGGCGGCAAGGACGAGCAACUGCUCAAUCAUUUUGACGAGCACGUUGAUAAAUACGACAAUCUAACAGACGUCCUUGUGGAUGACUCGAUGCCCAAGCCUGGCCAAGGUCUGGAGGACGACAACGUCGAAGAUGAAUACAUGGAAGAGGAACUGAGUGGCCGAGACAUCCACGAGGGAAAAAUCAGCACCUCAAAUGGGUCCAUUUGACACCAAAAUCGGCACUCGCCAGACCGAAAGCCGAGCCGUAAACACAAGAACCAAAGCUACGAGAAACUCGACGAAGAAUGCGACUGUGACGUGAUCAAAUAGAAAUGACCACCGGUGAUUGGUUGUGUGAUCAUUGCCGAGGAGACCGAAGUAAGCUAGUUGUGGCACCACGUGCAUAACUUGCAGUCAUUUGUCGCAAGAGGAUAAAGUGAUGUGUAAAUAACAAAUUAUGUAAUCAAUAUUUAUAAUAGUUAUACAGUUUUUGCAUUGUAGUUGACAUAAUAUUUAGACAAUAGUUUAAUAGCCUAUUCAGAUUAUGCUAUUUAUUAUAAUAAGUAUCGUGUAAAUAUGAAAAAAAUAAUUGAAUGUAUAGAAAUCGGCAUCAUGUUACUCUUUAUCAUGUCACAUAUUUAUCAUUAAUGGCGUAAUCUAAAUAGGCUAUAGAAUGAUUUUAUUUUAUUUGUCCUAAUUUUAUUCUAAAUGCGUUCUCUUUGGCCUUGUAAAAGUAUUCCCUAUCGAGUUAAACAUCAUUCGAGCAAUUUGUUGGAACAGAAAAAAAAAUAAAUUACUGAAUAGGGAUCUUGUACUCGAAACAAUGGCGAGCUUUGUGAAAAAGUCAAAUACAUAAAAGAAAAGAUAUUUUAGUUACUAGAUAAAGAUUGUCGCUGUCGUCGCUGUCCGAAACAUCUUUUGCUGACGAGGAUAGGGGAGCUAAAUGUCAAAGAAGAAAAAUUCAUACGAUUUGACAGGUAUGUACCACACAUGUUUCGGACAGCAGAACAAAGGGAACCGA